CUCAGCUCUGACUCUCUCUACUCUAUAACUACAACUCCAUAACGGUCAUUCAAUACCGCGAGCGUAGAAGAAUAUUAAUUAAUUUAAGAUUUAUUUAUUUAUUUGAGGAAUUUAAGAUUUAAGAUACAAUUAAUAUAUUACUCCGUAAUAAUAUACAUAAUGGCGUGUUUGUUUCCACCUAGAAUGUCAGUCCGGAUGUGUAAGCCGGAGAUGGUGACGCCGAAAACGCCGACGCCACGAGAGAAGAAGCCGCUGUCUGACGUGGACGACCAAGCCAGCCUCCGGUACCAAUUGCCGAUGCUGUGGUUUUACAAGAGCAAGACGGCGGCGGCGGCAUCUAAGCUCGGGAGGAACGUCGAUGAUCCGGCGAGCCUCAUUCGGGAAGGUUUGGCGAAGGCGCUGGUGUUCUACUACCCGCUGGCCGGCCGGCUGUUGGAAGGGCCGAAGAAGAAGCUGAUUGUGGACUGCACCGGCGAGGGAGUGCUCUUUGUGAGGGCGGAGGCCAACCUUUCCCUCGAGGAGUUGGGCCGUUUUGUUCAGGCGCCAUGCCCAUAUCUCAAGAAGCUUGUUUAUCGCGUGCCCGGCGCCGAUGGCAUCACCGGCGCCCCUCUUCUUCUUUUUCAGGUGACGCGUUUCACUUGCGGUGGUUUUGCACUUGGCCUCAUGUUCAACCACACCAUAAUGGACGGUUACGGGGUCGUGCUCUUCUUAACGGCCGUCUGCGAGUUAGCAACCGGCGGCGCUCUAGCGCCUUCGGUGUUGCCCGUAUGGGAGCGAGAGCUAUUGACGUCGGAUGCGGGUGCUGAAUCAUCAACUUCCGGCGCAAUGAGGGCGGACGAGCACGCCAUGUACAGCAGUAAUAAUAAUAAUAAAAAGAGGCGGCGGCAUUUCAAGCUGCUCGACUUAGAGAGGUGGGCUAGCAUGGUCAUGAACUUCGACAAAAUGGCUGCCAAUCCCCGCUACUUCUUCUUCUCCAACAAACUGAAACCCUUCUUCCUCCGGCGCUCCUUCACCCUCGGCCCGAGAGAAAUCCUGGCUCUCAAAGCCCACGCCUCCGCCGCCGGGGAGCAAAUUCCCGGCCGCUACUGCACCACCUUUGAGGUGGUCGUCGCUUGUUUGUGGAAAUGUCGCACCAUCGGCCUUCAACCGGACCCUAACGCCACAGUCCGCGUCACCU